AUGCAGUGGCCCGAUGGCGGGAGGAAGGCCGUGUCGCUGUCUGGCUGCGUGUCCCCAUCCUCCAGAGCAAGUUUGUGGCGGCAGCUGCUUCACAAGGCUUUGUUUUCCACCACGCCGAGCACGGCUCAUCCACCUUGACCCUGUGGCUGGGAGAAGGGCCCAGCAGGCUACCGGGGUAUGCCACCCACCAGCUGGGAGUUGCAGGUGCUGUUCUAGAUGAAAGCACUGGAAAGGUGUUGGUUGUACAAGACAGAAAUAGGACUCUAAAUGCGUGGAAAUUUCCAGGAGGUCUGUCUAAUCCAGGCGAAGACAUUGGAGACACAGCAGUUCGAGAGGUUUUUGAAGAGACUGGCAUCAAGUCAGAGUUCAAGUCCAUCCUAAGCAUAAGACAGCAACACAAACACCCUGGCGCCUUUGGGAAGUCGGACAUGUACAUCAUCUGUCGCCUGGAGCCCUCCUCCUUCCACAUCAGCUUCUGCCCUCAGGAGUGCCUGAGGUGUGAAUGGAUGGACCUCGAUGAGCUGGCUAGGAUGGAAGACGCUACUCCCAUCACCAGCAACGUAGCUAAACUCUUACUUUAUGGAUACCGGGAAGGGUUUGAUAAAAUUGAUAUAACCAUGAGAGAGUUCCCAGCUGUCUACACAGGCCUGUUCUACAAACUAUACCACAGGGAGCUGCCCGAGUCCUACAGAAACAUUACAUGAUAGCAAUACAUUUCACAUUUCAUUAUAUUAAUAAUUUAGAAUUAUCAUUGUAGUGUUAUAUAGACCAUAUUAAAAUUAACUAUGGACUUCUUUUUAGGUCAUUAUUAGAAAGUAAUUAUUUACUCUAUUCUCUAAGAAGCUAUAGAGAGAUGAAUUAUAUUUAAAGGUAAAUAUUGCUGUAAGUGUGCAUCAGAUUUGUUUUCCUUUACUCUGUAAAGCAAACAUUAGGU